AUGCCAGGUGAUUCACUAUCACAAGUUCCAGAAUGUUCCAUCGGUGAAUUGAUUUUACCCAAAUUGAAAUCCUUGCCGAAAGAUGACGUAUUUCUGAUAGACGGAGAAACGGGAAUCGAACAAACCGUCGGUCAAUUUCUUUCAAACGGACUACAAUUAUUGGAAGGUUUGAAAAAAAUAGGUUUGAAUGAAAAUGACGUCAUUGGUAUGCUGUGCAAAAACGGUUUCGAAGCCAAUUCAAUUGUUUUGGCAUCGUGGAUCGGUGCUGCCACUCUUGCUCCAGUCAACAGCUCCAUGAAAGUGUCCGAGCUUAAACAUGCACUUUCCGUCAUAAGACCAAAAUUUAUUUUUUGCGAAGAUGACGUUUUAGAAAAAGUCCAGUCGGCACUCGGCGAUUCGUCUUCGGAUAACGUCACCAUCAUUCUCGUCAACGAAAACAAGAAUUCAAAGUACGCAAAUUUAAGAUUUAAAGAUGUUUUAGUGAACGUCGAUGUCGACACGUAUAAACCUCAACCGGUUAAAUGUCCCGGGCGUCAACUUGCCGUCAUUUCGCCAUCGAGCGGAACUUCCGGUUUACCAAAAGGAAUCGGAAUCUCUCACAAGAAUUUAGUCUUUCAAAACAUGGUCCUAGAAAAAAUCGAUUUGUUCGACAAAACUGAAAUCUGUUUACAACUGUCGCACUUUUACUGGAUAACUGCCAUUCUCAUGUUUUUGAGAAGUUUAACUCUGGGAACUAAACGUAUUUUUUUAAACGUCAUCAAUCCCGAAAACACUUUCAAAGCCAUCGAAAAAUAUAACCCUACUUUUACAAUAUUGGCUCCACUGACACUUUUGGGUUUGACGAAACAUGCGGAUUUUAAAAAAUACAAUUUAUCAAGUUUGAAAUACGUCUUGGUUGGAGGUUCUUCCCUAACGGACACCAUGCUCGUUCAAAUCAAGGAAGCCUGGCCGAAAAUUAAAUUGUACAACACGUACGGCAUGACGGAAGCAUCGGGAAUUGUGUGUCAAAACAAUGAUCAAGAUACGUCAAUCGGUCGCGUCACACCCGGAGUAUGGUUGAAGAUCGUCGACACGACCACCGGAUCCGCGUUAAAAUCAAAUUCUCCGGGCGAAAUAUGCAUUCACGGUUGCGGCGUCAUGGCCGGAUACGUCAACAAUGAAAAAGCGACGAGAGAAUCCAUAGAUGACGACGGAUGGCUUCAUUCCGGCGACGUCGGUUACUACGACGACGACGGGAAAUUUUUCAUCGUCGACAGAAUAAAGGAAAUGAUCAAAGUCCGAGACAUGCAAGUAACUCCCACGGAAAUCGAAAACGUCAUUUUGACGGUUCCCGGAGUGUUCGAAGUCGGAGUCGUCGGAAUCCCACACGAAAGAGAUAUUUUUCAUUUGAUGGCUUUGGUCGUCAAAAAGGAAAAUCAUUCCGUAAAGGAAAACGAUAUACACGCAGCCGUGAACGGAACUCUUUCAGAGUAUAAAUCACUAACGGCUGGAAUUCGUUUUAUCGAUUUCAUUCCGAAAACGGCGACCGGAAAAAUUGAUAGAAAUACCCUUAAAUCGAUCGCGCUUGAGCUUUACGCGUAG